AUGGUGUCUCCAUUUUUUUUCUUUUUGACAUUAUAUAUUAUAUUAAGUAAUAAUAUAAGAGAAUGUACAACUAAUAGCGAUCCUCAGGGAAGCCUUUCAACUGAGGUGGGUGGUGUACAAGCCCAGAGUACUGAUUUACAGGGUACAGCUGCAUCUACAGAUGCAAAUGUAGUUUCGGGCGCAGAUGGAAGUCAACAUGGAUCUCCAGUCUCACCUCAAGUUACGGGUGUAACUGGACAAGGUGAUGCAACUGCAGCUGCAACUGUAACUGGAAGUGGGGGUGGAGGUGGAAACCAGGUUCAAGCUCAACCUCAAGCUCAAGCUCCAACUCAAAGUGAUCAAGCAGGUACUACUCAAACAAAUUCCCCCAAUACACAUCAAUCUGGUAGUGGUUCUUCAGAAACCAAUGGAAGCACAUCUGUAGUCACAGCUGAAAGUGGAGGUUCAGGUACAACCUCAACUAUAGGCGUAGAUGGAAGUAACCAAGGAGGAAAUAGUAGUGCUCCUGUAGCUAAACCUUCACCAAAAUCCAUUCCUAAACUCUCUUUCCCGGUCAAAUCUUCCUUAUUGAAAAAAAAUUUAGGAAUUAAAGUUACUGGUCAAUGUGGUGUAUUUUUUCGAGUGGUUUUUUCUCCUCAUUUGACACUUGCUUUUGAAACGGAUGAUGGGAAGAUAGAAUUAGUACAAGAACUUAAGCCAUUGUAUAAAUUAGAAAUAAAAUUUGCUGAUAAAUGCGAAAAAACAAAAAAUUUUAAAUUUCUUGCAAUCAUUAAAGAAAGCAUAUUAACUCUUAGAUGGGAAGUACCAGAAAAUGAAAGUGGUACAAAAAAAGAAACAAAGAAAUUUAAGUUACCAAAAUUCGAUAUACCAAUAACUUCAAUACUAGUACAUUCAGGAGACGAACAAUUAAGUGCUAUUGAAAGUAAAAGUUAUACAGUAAAGGAUGUUUUACCUGAAAAAUGUAGUAAAAUAGCAAGUGAAUGUUUUUUAAGUGGAAGUAUAGAUGUGCAAAAAUGUUAUCAUUGUUCUUUGUUAGUUAAUAAAACUGCUGAAGGUGAUGAAUGCUUAAAUUUUGUUAAUUCUGAAGAUAAAUCCAGAAUUGAAAGUUCUAUCGUAGCUGCAGCAAGUGAUGAAGAAUCUAGUGAAAAUAAACUUGGAGAAUCCAUAGAUAAUAUAUUAAGAAGAAUUUAUAAGACAGAUGAAAUAAAUAUGAAAAGGGAAUUACUAACAUUGGAUAAUUUAGACGAUGAAUUAAAAGAAGAAAUAAAGAAUUACUGUAAUUUAUUAAAAGAAGUUGAUGUUAGUGGAACAUUGGAUAAUCAUGAACUAGGUAAUGAAACAGAAGUAUUUAAUAAUUUGACAAGAUUACUAAAGAUGCAUGCUGAAGAAAAAAACAUUUCAUUAUCAAAUAAGCUAAGAAAUGCAGCGAUAUGUAUUAAAAAUGUAGAUGAGUGGAUUAUAAAUAAAAGAGGUUUAGUGUUACCAGAAGAAACAAAUGACUAUUUUGAGAAAGUCAAAGACAUGCCUGAUGCUCCGAAAGAAGAGGAGGAAUAUGAGGAUGAAAUAAAAAUUACUGAGGAUAUGUUUGAAAAAGAUGAGGAUGGCAUUGUUGAUUUGACUAAAAGUGAUAAAGAUAUGAAAUUGUUAUCCCCAUAUUUUAUAAAUAAUAAAUACUGUAAUGAUGAUUAUUGUGAUAGAUGGAAAGAUAAAACUAGUUGUGUAUCAAAAAUUGAAGUAGAAGAACAAGGUUAUUGUGGAGUUUGUUGGGUUUUCGCAUCUAAGUUACAUUUAGAAACAAUUAGAUGUAUGAGGGGAUAUGGUCAUUUUAGAAGUUCUCCUUUAUAUGUAGCUAAUUGCUCUAAGAGAAAACCUGAGUAUAGAUGUUCUGUAGGUUCAAAUCCAAUAGAAUUUCUUCAAAUUAUUGAAGAAAGAGGAUUUUUACCUCUUGAAUCAGAUCAUCCAUAUUCAUACACACAAGUAGAUAAAAAGUGCCCUACACCAAAACGAAAUUGGGUCAAUUUAUGGGGAGAUACUGAAUUGUUACAAUAUAUUAACUACUCAAAACGUAAAUAUUCUAAAGGAUAUAUUACUUAUGAAAGUGCUGCAUAUAGAGAUAAUAUGGAUUUAUUUAUAAAAAUUGUAAAAAGGGAAAUUCAAAAUAAAGGUUCUGUUAUUGUUUAUAUAAAAACAAAAGAUGUAUUUAGUUAUGAUUUUAAUGGAGGAGGAGUUCACAAUUUAUGUGGUGAUGCUAUUCCCGAUCAUGCUGCCAAUAUAAUAGGUUAUGGUAAAUAUAUUAAUAAAAAGGGAGAAAAAAGAUCUUAUUGGUUAAUAAGAAAUAGUUGGGGUUACUAUUGGGGAGAUGAAGGAAAUUUUAAACUUGAUAUGUAUGGACCAAGUAAUUGUGAUUAUCAUUUUAUUCACACUGUUCUUGUUUUCAAAGUUAAUUUAGGUAUGGUUGAAUUACCUAGUCAACAUGAAAGUUAUAAUCCUUUUAACUUCUUUCUAAAAAAUAGUCCUCAAUAUUAUCAUGAACUUUAUUAUAAGAAUUAUAAUCCAGAAGAAUCUAAAGAACUUCCUAAAAACUAUGAGAAUAUUGAUGUUCCUGAUCAAGUUCAAGAUAAUAAUUUCAAGGAUAAUACAGAAAAUGAUAAUGAUGUAAACAAUAGAAAAGAAUCAGAUGAGAAUUUUGUAAUGUAUGGAACAGAUAGUGAUAAUGGAGAUUCUUCCUCAAGUCCACCUGCAGAGAAGAAAAAUAGCAUACUUCAUUACUUAAAAGAUAUUAAAAAAAAUAAAGUGAAAACUAAUUUAGUCACAUAUUUAGAUGAAAAAGAUUUAGGAAAUGAACACUCCUGUUCGAGAGUGUAUUCAAAUGAUCCAACAAAAAAUGAAACAUGUAGAAAAUUUUGUGUUGAUAAUUUCAGUAAGUGUAAAGAUCAUUAUUCUCCGGGUUACUGUUUAACUAAAUUGAGUGAAAACACCAAUGGUUGUUCUUUCUGCUUUGUAUAA